AUGAGUAUAAUUUCUGAACAAUCACGUGGAGAUCAAGGUGACGCUCGAUCUGUACAAUCUUUAGCAGUUGAAAGCGUACGCCGGAUAUCACCGACUCAAAGUCAACUAACACAACAACGAUCAUCGUCUCAAGUCGAUAAUAUUGAUCGUAAUGGUCGUAAUGAGCGUCAUCGUAUUCAACGCAGUAGUUCAUCAUCAAGUACACGUAGUGCAUCAACAGCUGGUGGCCGUCGAACUAGUGGUCGACCAGAAGGUCCAGUAGGUACUGGUUCAUAUCAACAAUUUUCCGCUGAAAGUGGUUUCGCAUAUGGAGGUGCUGCUGGUGGCGUUGGUGCUAAUGGUGUCGGUGCUGGAAAUGGAUCAUACGGAGGUGGUGUCGGUCCUGCAAGUGGAUCAUAUGGAGGUGGUGCUGCCAAUGGAUCAUAUGGAGGUGGUGCUGCCAAUGGAUCAAAUGGUGGCGCUUCGAAUGGAUUGUAUGGAGGUGCAGGUGCAUCUUAUGCUGGAAGUGGUGGUUCGAUCGGUUGUCCUCCUGCUGGUGAACGUCGACAAGCUCGUCAUCGUAGACAAGUUAUUCGUUGUCCUGAACAGCCUGCAGGACCACCACGUCAAAUACGUCGACGUCUCCCAACUCCUGAACCUGAUAUACUCGAACGAGUUUAUAUUCAACGUACUGCAGCUGAAUGUGUAGAAGAAAUAACAGAAAUACCCACAACACCACCACCACGUCUUCAAGAAAGAACUGUAGUUGAACCAGCCGGACCACCUCAAGUGAUUAAACGUUGCAUUCGUGUACCACCAAGAGGUGGUAAUACUCCUGCUCAACCACCAAAUGCACCUGCCGGUUGUGGUGCAUCAGGUACUGAUAUUUCAGGAGCCGGAAGUUAUAGCAAUAUUCAACAAGCUGCUGGUGGUUAUCAACCAUCUGGUCCAAGUUAUUCUAAUGGAGCAGGUGCCGGUGCCGCUGUCGGUGGCAAUGGUUUCGGUUCCCCUGUUGGUGGUUAUGGUUCAAGUGGCGCUGAGCACAGUUCUGGUGCUGCUAGUUAUGGCUCUGGAGCUGCCAAUGCUAGUUUUGGUUCUGGAGCUGCUAACGGUAGUUAUGGUGCUGGAGCAGCUAGUGCUGCUUAUGGUACUGGUGCCGCUAAUUUUGGUGCUCAAGGUGCUGCCUAUGGUACUAGCACCCCUAACUUCGGUGCUCAAGGUGGUGCUGGUUUUGGUUCUCAUACCCCUAAUUUUGGUGCUCAAGGUGCUGCCUAUGGUUCUAGUACUCCUAAUUUCGGUGCUGCCGGUGGUUAUCAGCAACAACAACAACAACAACCUCAACAACCUCAACAACAUUAUCAACAACCUCAACAACAAUAUCAACAACCUCAACAACAAUAUCAACAACCUCAACAACAAUACCAACAACCUCAACAACAAUAUCAACAACAACAACCUCAACAACAAUUUCAACAAGCACAAUUUACACAAGCACAACAACAUCAAGCACCUCUCGUUUUCAGCGUUGGUGGUGAUGGUCGUUCUCAGACAAUGCCACCAAUGGGUUGUCAUCCUGCCUUCUGUUUUUAUGUUUAA